GCAUUUGAACAUACAUCAUCAUACGACGAGUCAAUAAACGGAUUUAUGAGACACAAGUAUAGCAGCAGUGGUGAAAGAUACAUUCCGUUACGAUGUGGGUUAAAUUCGCACAAUGACGAAAGCGAACUGUAUGUAAAGGAUGCAGAGAUGCCACUUAAAGUGCUGAAUGGUUCGCCCGGAUAUAUAAAUAUUCUGGAUGCGUUGAACGGAUGGCAAUUAGUUAGUGAACUUUGGCAGGCAACAGGUCUUCCAGCAGCAUCGUCUUUCAAACAUGUCAGUCCUGCUGGUGCUGCAAUUGGUGUACCGCUGAAUGAAGCCGAAGCUAAAGCUUGUAUGGUAGCCGAUUUACCGUUGAAUCCAAAAGUUCCAUCAUUAGCAGCUGCUUAUGCCAGAGCUAGAGGCUCAGUGACGGUUGGCAAAGCGAAUGUUCAAGCUGCUUAA